AUGUCCAACAAGACAAGGAACAAGAUUGACCAGAUGAGCACUGCUGACUGGCAGCAGUAUCACCAAUUGUUAUCCAACAAGCAGCUUAUGACUUUUUUUGCCGACGAGGUGCAUCGCUUCUCGCGGUAUCCUAUGAAACCCGACGACGUGUUGCGCCGAUUUAGCUUGAAUGGCGACGGGCACCUUGAUCUCCGUGAGUUUCAGCUAGCAGUGACUCGUCUGGAGAUUGUGGCAUCCUCUUCACCUCAGAUUGAAGGACCUGGUCAAGGCCCGAAGCCUGAUCGAGAUCUUCAGAGAGCUAAGGAGCUCUACUUGGUCUUUUGUCCGACACAAACUCUCAAAUUAGAUAUCGAUCUCUUUUGCCGUAUCAUGACGGAGUGGUCUUUGCAGCUCAUGCGGCGGAGCUAUCAGCACGAUCCGAUGUCCCAGUUGACCUCGUCAAUGUCGUCACACUCAUUGAACAAGCGCAUUCCGUACUCGUCUCCCCGCGCACCUCUGGCAACCCCCUACGCCACUCAGGCCACCCUCGACGCCAAUCGCACUAUGACGGGUAACGGCGGAGACAAAGACUCCGAUGACCAUAGCACCCACCUCGUGGAGGGCGAGGCUCUGUGGCAGCGACUUACGACGUCGAUCACGCAAAGUAGCGAGAAGCUCCGCCAGGUUUUCUUCAAGAUGGACGUCAUGAGCUCUGGCAAGGUCAGUCCGGAGGAACUCGAGCUAGCGUUGAGUCAUAUCGGCGUCUUCCUCACCACUCGAGAGUACGAAAAGCUAUACAUGUCGCUCGGUGAGGACGUGAAGGAGUAUACUCAUGAUGCUGCGAGCAACGGGAGAUGGCGCGGUCGAGGUGGCAACGGGAACGCGUUUACUAUCAAGUACGCCAAGUUCCUCGCUCUGUUCCAAGAGAAAGAUGGGACAGAUCACCGAACGCAGACAAUGCCGUCUAAUUCAAAACAAGUGUCUCCUCCUGUUGUGGGGGUUGGUAGUGCUCGCCUUUGGGACAUGCUCGUGGCUGCGUUCUACAAGCUGCACUCCCUUUUCCGCCAGCACCAAAGCAUUGGGCAAUACUAUCUACCACCGGAGACUUUUCGAGACUGCCUGCUACGUUGUGGAAUUACCCUGAGCAAUGCUGACUUCGCAGCUCUGCGCGUUCGUUUAUUACCAUUCUCAGAUUCUGCUGGUUCAAUUGGAGUUGGUCCACUUCUUGACGCACUGAGGGCAUAUGAUCACACCACUUUGAAGUCGAAAGCGUCUCCUGGAGAACCUGGUGCCUCUGUUGGCUGCGUCACGCAGUCUCCUAUUCGUCUCGGGCGGAGAGCAGUGCAGCCGACAGCUUACAGUCCCGUGAUAAGUCGGAACGAACCUUUUCCAGCGGGAAAGUCAACGCAAGAGAGAAAUGCUGAGGCUACCCGUACUAUUGUCAAAAUAUGUGACGAACGGCGUAGAGAGAGUGACCUCCAUUUCCCCACAGCGACUACAAGUCCAAGAGCUGCCAGCACUGGAGACAGUGAAGCGUAUCUUGAACACCAACAGCGACGUCAAGAUCCCUUCUUCUCGACGGGGAAGCCUCCCCCAGCGCUGGAAUCUCGCAUCCUAUCGAAGUUGCACCAGUUGAAGCAACUCGGACAAUUAUCAGGCUCGUCGCCUCAAAGCGUUUUCCCUGGCGAUCGCUUUGGUCACAUUUCCAGAGGUCAAUUUCGUCAAAGUCUCGCGCACUUGAACCUGCUGGUUCGAUAUGCUGAUGUCGAGGCGCUCUUCUGGACAUUGGACACCCAAGGCCGCGGAUUUAUCACAGCGCAAGACUUCUACGACCACCUGAACAACUUCGCCAUACAGCAGAAAGCGACUGAAUCGUCCAACCAGCUCCCUACUAUUUCCAUUGAUGGGUCGAUACAACGCACGCGUCUUCCUCGUUCCGUCCAGAAGAUUUUUGAGAGAAUGUUAGUGGAGCUACCACGCAUCACCGCAAUAUGUGAACGCAUGGAUACGGACCAGACUGGCUCAGUCUCCACGAACGAAAUGCUGCAGGCUAUUCACGAACUCGGCAUCAUGGCGUCUAUAGCGGACAAACAGGCUGCUAUUGAAGCUCUCAGCCGUGAUCAAUCCCCGCAACAAGCUGAUCAAAUCCCGUACCAUUCGCUUGAGGAUUGUCUCGGGGCACUUUGCAGCGAUCUACUGUCACCCAAGAAGCGUAAGAAGCACCUGUCCACGACGUCGGUAUUGCUGGCUCCGUAUGAGGAGCAGCCUACAGACGUAUCUUCUUCCUACAGUUACGACCCACACACGAACGACUCGCUCUGGAACUGUCCACGUCGACGCAUGGUCCACGAUCAUCGUGCAGCGAGGUCUUCAGUUCGAAUCGCUGACGAGAUGAAGAGCCCCAACGCUGGGACUGCUCCCGUUCAACCGCCUAGAAGAUCUGCAGCUGAGGACGAUACCAAGUCACGUCAGGAACGGAGGCACCGUGUGGCGCUGGUGAGCAUAUUACAGGAUCUACUGGAGCGACGCUGCGACUUAAAGACUGCUCUCGAUUUACAUCGCAGAGCUGACGCUCGUGGCCACGUUACGAAGAAGGAUCUCGCCGAUAUCCUGCUGACCUCCCGCUUGAAUCUGCACUUCCCGACCGGGGCCCCAGCAGCUCAAGAACUCGUGGAUGAAUUGUACCCAUCCCUGCGUCCUGAUAGUGGCCUCGGGUUCCUGGAUGUCUUACGGCGUAUUAGUGACCUGCUCGGUGAAGUUACCAAGGAGUUAUCACUACCACCGACACAAUCAGGAAAGGGUCCUAAGUCUUCUUUCUCAACGAACCCGUACCAACAACCUCAACGACCGACGGGGCGGAGACUGAAUAAUAGCCUCGAUAUGCACAGCUCCGUGUUGCCGACGACGACAGGGUUGUUCACAAAACUUGGCUCCGUUUCUAACGGAGAAACGUUUGCCGGUAGUGCGUCCACGGUGCGACGCAAACUUCUACAGGAUAGCCGACUGAAGAAUCUGCUGGACUCUGACUACGGUCUCCAGAGUGCUGCUGUGCUCGUAAGACACGCCUUCAAAGGUCUGGCCCCGCGGGAAAUGGUUGUGCCGAUUGACAAUGGAGAGUUCGAGGCGACAUGCAGAGCGAGCGACAUAAAGCACGUGUGCUACCGACUCGGACUGGAUCUGGAUCUGCAAGAGCAACAAUUCGUGGCGAGUAGUAUCGACUCUGGAGACAGCGGCUUUGUGUCUUCCCCGGAUCUGCUUGACUUCUUCGCCAAACUUGCCAAAACUGGAGACGAUGCUGCUUCGAGCGCCUUCAACAAAGACUUCAAACCUAGACAUGACGCGCGGCGCUCAGUGACGUUCUGUGACGACGGCCAGUACUACGAGACGAUUAAACAAACCACUAACUAA